AUGUGGCGAUACUCUCUUCAUUUGUUCCGAAACGAGAUCAUCUUUUGUUUGUCACCCUUGCCAUCAAUCAACAAUUUUGGCGAGAACCUUCAAGUUCCUCCGUCGUUGUCCACCAUGGCGCGGCCCAGGGAGCCCCUACGGCUGAAUAUCCCCCCACAACAACAAGCCGCCCCAUUCAUGGCGCCGCCUCUGUUUUCUCCUGCACUCCCAACUGCUCUGCAGGGAGGGAUGUUUCCCCUCCGAACCCCAAUGCAGGCUGCUUUCUUCGCCCCAGCAAUGCCAGGUGCCCCUGCUCGACCCACACACCGAGGCAGCGCCAGCAUUGCCGCAUUCACUCCCUCCGCAAUGCAGCCUACAUUUCCCAUGCAUGGUCACUUUCCAAGACCUUCGCUGCUGGGUGGCCAGCAGUCUUUCCCUCCUCCUUUACCUGGCCAGGGCCCUCCCUUCCCUGGAAGGAAUAGACGACAACCCAGUAUAGGUGGGCCCCCGAAGGCAGUUCUAGGAGGUCCAGCCAGAAAGCUCAGCCCACUCCCACCUGUCGCUGACGCUCCGGCGGCGGCGGCGCCUCCAGUCAAGCAGAAAAAGAGCAUUGUCAAGCUGCCCAAGGAAACUCCGAAAGAUGACGACGGAAACUUGCUCGAAAAACCGCACUGGGCACGCAGGCCAUUAGAUGAACCAUUCGUCUACCAAGACGUUGAUGUCGUUGAAGCGGAGCUUACCAGCGCUGAAUGCUAUCCUCCGGAUAACUGGAGACUCGAUAUACCUCCUACAAUCGACGUUUUCCUCCCGGGAAAGCGAGCGUGGCAAGAGAUCAAAAAGCGCGAAAUUGACGAAAAACUUGAAAAGCUAGGUGUCGAGCGGUCAGCAAGCACACAGAGUGCUCUUAGCCAUGGGCCGCACGCUCGCGCCGCCUCGAUCUCUUCUCCAGCCGACCCUGCUCUUCUGUUCUUCAAGUUGAACAAACUGCAGCAAGCCCAAGCCACAGGCUCUCUCGCACCUUCCACCAUCAAUUCCUCUUCGACUUCCCCACAGCCGCCAUUUGCCGGUCUUUCACCAUCCCCCCGCUUACAACCUCCAAGAUUUAUGAAUCGUCACGGCUACAGCAUGUCUCUUGCGCAACCGCCGACGUAUACCAAUGUACCGACGAGCAAUCCGUUUGGGCCAGAUGCAUUAUUGCCGGCGGACCAAGACUCGGACGACGACGAUGUGCCCCUUGCGCAAAUUCACGCACCACAAGGACGAGUUCCGAUGUCCAUGUCGUCACUUACGGCACCUAGAGCUACUUCUCGACCAGAAAGCAGGGACAGCAGACCCGAUUUCAUGCGCGGGUUCGGGUUGGAUGCUACCGAAGAGGAGGAUGAAACGGAGGCGGAGGACAGCUUUGUCACUAACGAUCAGGCAGAACAAACUGACGACGAGGACGGCGAUGAUGGUGUACAAACCGCUCGUCAUUCGCGCCAUGUUUCAAGGCUUUCGGCGGCGUUAUCGCUGCAGUCUGUUGGCGGCAUUGUGGGCAAUAAUAUUAAUGGCGGACGGAUACAUGAGCGGAUUGAUGUAGAGCCAAUUGCAUCUGGAGAUGAGUCACAGGAUAUGGAAUUAGACCAGGAGGUUGACGUUGACGAAUGGACGGGUUCUGACGACGGUGGUCAUCAGUAUCAGGCUGCAGAGUCUUCUGAGGACGAGAGUUUGGGCGACUUUUCGAACCCCUCAGAUGAGGAGCGGGCUCGGCAAGAGCGGGUUGAACGGCGUUUACAACGACGGGACAUGAGAUUGGCUGACCAACCGAGACGGGUUCCUCACUUCCCUCGUCCGCCCGACAAUACAAUCAUUCGACGUCUCGACGACGACAUGAUUUCCAAUCCAAGCGAGGAAGAGGCGAUGCAUCAAUACUACACCAGCUCACCUGCUCGUCGACCAUCUCAAGGUCUUUCUCUCCCGCCACAUUCUCGAGCGACUUCGGGCAACUUCACAACACAUGAUCCCGCCCAAGCGCAUUCUCGUCUUCCUUCCGACAACCUGCAGUCCUACGCCUUAAACCCGCAUGCAAAGCCGUUUGUCUUUGCUGCUCCUGUUUCGCCAUUUGUCUUUGGCGCGCCUGCUCCUCCGAAAGCGCCGUUGAUCACACACUCUCGGCUGCCUUCAUUGGGGACUUCGCUGAACCCUACUGCGAUGGAGUUCAAGCCUUCAUUUGCCUUGAAUACCGCCGCCCCCGAGUUCAAGCCUGGCGCAUUCACAUUCAAGCCACCAGCAGGAGUGCCGCAUGUUGCCUUCCCCGAGCCCCAGCCUCUCAUCCAAGAGCAGCCAACAGCGGAAUCAACACCGUUCAAAACACAAGGCCGAGAAAAGCGACAACGUCUCAGUAUCGCUUCUGAUUCCGAAGAAGACAAUGCCCCUGUUGAUCAAGAAGAGGACCAGCAGAGUGUGGAUAACAUGACUUCGUUCAAGUUCCCGUCCAAUAACCCGUCACCCGAAAAGCGGCUCAAUAUACCGCUCAAUCCUGAGGCAGACACAUUCAGGUUCGGCGGAGCCAUCGGAAACGUACCCUUAUUGCCAUCCUUGAUGCCACUCAGCCCUGGGACAGAAGAGGCAGAUAUGGCCAAGAUUGACAUGCCGGUGCCAGAACAUCUCGUUCUCCCCACGGGUCGAACCAAACGGGCGCCAAUACCGUUGGACUUCACCCAUGGCGCGUCGCCAAGCUUGCAACUUGACUUUAGGUCGAGCACAACUGUUCCCGCUGGCCUCUUCAAAGCCGCCGCGAACGGAAACGGGAAUGCCAGCAGUGGAGAUGAGAGGACAAGGAGAACAGUUCGCUCCAGGCUCAGUUCGCGCGAGUUCAUGGAUAGUCUGCACAGUUCUCGUUCGCGGCCGCAUUCCCAGAGACCAUCAUUGGACGAUUUGAAUGUUCCCCCCAUCUCGGUCUCGCGCAAGAUUUCACGAAGUCGGUUGGCGGACACGAGUGCUGGCCCCGCAGAUGAUGUUUUUACUGCCACAGCCUCUGUUCGCCGACCCGUCCUGGGAUCUCAUGGAAGAAAACGCUCUUCGUUGCCCGAUCCUUUGCGGGACGCGACAAACUCAUCUGUUUCGGACGAGGAUGAGUCGGUUGCUCUGGAUCUGACAACGCGAUUGGAGGUUCACCAUUACGAACAACGGUUAGAAGCUCUGCUUGACGAGAAACUGGAUUCCAUCAAACGGGACCUACUCAGGUCAAUUACCGCCAAGAGCGGCUCGAACGCGGAGGCGAUGAUGGCCGAGGUGGUCCAACUUUUGCGUUCCCGUCAGGAGAAUAGUCAGCUCGAUGCGCGUGGCGAGCUUGACUUCGAGCUCAUCAAGGACAUUGUGCAAUCAGGCCAUGCAGAGUCACGUGCGCUUCUUCAGCGGGAGUUGGCGCAAAUUUCAAUGCGAGGAGAUGCAGGAGCUGGAGUAGCGAUCGGACCUAUGAUGCAAGAGUUGAACAACCGCACUAUCGACGCCGUUGUCGAGUCGAUACACGAGCUUUCGGUUCGUUUGGAGGCUAUCUCAGUUGGUGCUCCUGCAAGGGAACGCGAUUCGAUGGUCGAUGCGCUGAUGUCAGCGCUGUCUCCGACGCUCAACGCGUUGCAUCCAGAGUCUGUCGACUACGACUAUUUAACAGACAAGUUGACGCAAGCAGUCAAGCCUCAUAUUUCUCAACUCAUCGACCUUGCUUCGGAUAAACGCGAGACGGCUGGACUGAUCAUUGAGAGGAUACUACCCCUACUUCCUUCCAACGGCUCCAACAACAGCGCGGUAGACACGGAUGCAAUUGCCCGACAACUCACAUCCGAAGUUCGCAAAGCCAUUGCCCCUAUUGACGCGUUCGAGAUCAAGGAGCAAGUCGCAGAUCUUGUGGUUGAGCGAUUGGACUCGCGACUUGCGGUCAGAGACAGGACGUUUGGCCCCGAUAUCAUGGCAAGCAAGGUUGCGGACGGUGUGUCCAGGUUGAUGCAGCCUUUGGACCAGUUGUCAUCUCUUGUCGAGAGCCACAAAUCUUUGGCUUCACAACAAGCCGCAAUUGCGUCUAGUCACAAGGAGGUUGCAGAUGCUGUCUCCGGUCUCCCCAAGACGAUAUCUGACGCGCUGGAGUCGAUGAAGGCAGCGACAGCAGCCACCGCCAAUGGUCACGUGCACCCACACUCAGAACCGUCCAACGAGCAUGUCAUCGCUAUCAAGACAAUCGUUGACAACCUUGCUGGUGGACAGAAGUCCCUUGGCUCGAAUGCUCGCGAGCUUCUUGCCUUGCAAAAGGAAGUUCUUGAACAAGUCGCUGCGUUACCCGAAACACUUGCUGCUGCUACCAACAUCUUACACGGAGCCCAUGCAGAAUUUGCGUUGACGAGAGAUGCGAACAAGCGCGAGAUGGACGAGCUGAGGCGGAACAACACCGAGUUCCAGGUACAGAUGGCCAAAGCGAGGGGCGCCCAUGGACAAGUGCGUGUGGAGAAGGAGGUGGUUGUGGAGAAGCUGUCGAUUGUGGAAGGAGACCGAGAUCGGAUGCGGGCGCAACUCAAGGAGGCUCAAGUAGAGGCUGCGGAGACGGCUGCGACGUUGAGUGUGGUCGAAGCACGAAACGUGGAACUGGAAGAUGCGUUGGCAAAGGCAUUGGCAAGGCUGCAAGCCAGCGAUGCGACACAUCAAGCCAACCAAGAGAGAAUCCAAGAACUGGAGAAAGGGACUAGGGAAGUUUCGAGCGAGAGAGCGACUUUGAAAGCCAAGGCUGAUGCGCUGGAGCUUCAAGUCACAUUUGCGGCACGGGACAAGGAAUCCGCAUUACAGUCGCUUGCGUCGCUGCAAAAACAACACGACCAGCUUGCGUCUCAGCAAAGUCAUUGGGAUGAUCUCCGACACGCAUCUGCCCAAAUCGAAAUGCUCACAAGUCUCAUCGGACAAGCGGACAACGAGGAGCUGAAGGAGCUACGGGUGAUUCGGGAUCGCAGCAAGGUGCUUGAGGGCGAACAUGCUGCCCUGCUUAAGCGGUUCAGGGACCAAGAGUCCAAGAUUGCAAGCAGCGAUAAAGCUGCUUUGGCUGCUAGACAGAGUCUAGCGCAAGCCCAACAACGGGCUGGAGAGUGGGAGAGACGGGCCAAAGAAUACGAGGGCCAACUGGAGAUGACGAAGACGAAACUUGAUCAGGCGGAACAGACGCAUACGAGGUUGGAUACCGACUUCUCGCUGCUGAAGUUGCAGCUCGACGAGAGGGAAGCAGACGAGCGACUAACCAAGGACCGCGAGAACAAGCUCCGCGACCAGAUUAACACUCUGGAGACGAGGCUCAAUCAGCAACAAAUUGAGCUUGAGCGGAGUCGUGCAAAGACUCCGACGAAAGCAGCGCCAAGCCCCUAUCGUAAUGGGACUUCGCGUCGACCAGAUUCACGAGCAAGCACCGUCUAUCCCAGUCGACCGUCUUCGCCGAGCGCAAGUGCUCGUAGUGCGACACCGCCCGGCCAGCAGUCUGUGUGGGACUCGAUGCAUGCUCCGCGGGGUUUUAACUCGACGAGCGCGAGUAUUCAUGCGACUAGCACGCCCACACCGGCUGGGCGAUACGGCGCUCUUAACAACAACCUUCGUCGUCCAACUGCACCCCCAAAGACCUCCAACUCGUACUCGCGGUAUCCAAAAGCAUCGCCCGCGGCUGCCGCGCGGACAGUUGCGCCGCCCUCGCCGACGCCAAGCACUGUCUCGCUCGCGCCAACGCAAGGCGCAGAUGGCUGGUGGUCUUAA